CCUUCUCAUCUCAACUAAGUAAAACUUAAGGUAAGGGACAGUAUAGAAAUCAUAUCUUAACAACUUACCAUUUAAUUCAUAAUUUUUCGUAGUUUGAGAAAGAAAGAGUACCUAAUCUAUUUAACAAGCUUUUAUGUUAGUUGUAGACUUAAAAUCACAAGAUUUUAUUAGCUUGUAUGUAAAAUAAUCCCAAUCAACCAUAUCAUCGCUGUGAACACCGUAUCAUCAACCUUGCAGCUCUAAAAACCGAAAACCAUCAUCUUAAUAAACUCGAAAAACGGUUAGUGAAUGCAAGACAAGUUUUAUUUUUCUAUCCAAAAGAAGGAAAACAAGUCGCGAAAACUCGAAAUAACACACAUGACAACCCAACCAAAAGUGUCCCAAUAAUAGGGCAAAAAUAGCCCAAAUAAAACCCCCAUUUUUAGUCUCCCUAAUUUCUCCAAGAAAUAUAUGCACUCCGCACCCUCAAUGCCCUCCUAUUUCCACUCCCAUCCUCACCACCACCUCAAAAACACCAACCCGCCCCGCGAUCGCCACCACCAUCUCUUCGCAAGGAAAGACGGAGAGCUCCAGGAAGAGCUCCCCGCCACCGGCUUCUUCCUCCCCCCUCCCCGCGAUCGCGCCUCCUCCCGGGCGUUCCAGCGGCCGUCGGAUCGCCGGGUUCGGCGCUGGUCCGGUCCGGGGCCUCCCAUGGCGUCGCCGGAGCAGGAGGCGGCGGUGGCCGCGGCCGUCGUGGAGGACGUGAUGCGGCUGCACGGGGAAGGAGGGAGCGGCACAGGAGGUGGAGGAGGGGAAACGGUGGGGGCCUGGAGGAACAUCGACAUUGCCUGGCGCAAGGCGGAGGAGGCCGCAAUAAGAAGGUAUGAAGCAGCCAACUGGUUGCGAAGGAUAGUUGGGGUAGUGUGCGCGAAGGACCUUGCAGAAGAGCCUUCUGAGGAGGAAUUCCGGCUUGGCCUGAGGAAUGGCAUUAUUCUCUGCAAUGCACUCAAUAAAGUACAACCUGGCACAGUGCCAAAGGUUGUGGAGGUACCAUCGGAUUCCACUGUUCCUACAGAUGGUGCAGCUCUCUGUGCGUAUCAGUACUUUGAGAAUGUGAGGAAUUUCGUCAUCGGCCUACAAGAUUUAGGUCUUCCAACAUUUGAGGCAUCAGACCUGGAAAAGGGUGGAAAAGGUGUUAGAGCUGUAGACUGUGUUCUUGCUCUGAAGUCAUUUAGUGAAGCUAAGCAAGUGGGGAAACAACCUUCAUCAUAUAAAUAUGGUGGUAUUAUAAAGCCUUUGUCUGGAAAGUACUUCAUUCGCAAGAAUACUGAACCUUUUAUGAAGGCGAUGAUGAGGAGCCACUCAGCUGAGUUACUCCGGGAUGGCAUAUCACAAGAGCAAAUAGGUCUUGAUUUUUCUCUGGAACCCACUGAAAUAACUACUUCAGACUCCAUCCGGAUACUUGUUCAAACGGUUCUCUCAGAUAAGAAACCAGAAGAAGUUCCAUCGGUUGUGGAAUCACUCUUGAGCAAAGUUAUUCACGAAUUUGAGCACCGUAUUGCAAACCAGAAUGAAUUGGUGAAAGACACUAUGGAUAGCAAUGAGAGUAAGACAUUAUCCAGAACAGAUUCACCACAAAUGGAGUCUACUUCCACCUGUGAUCUGGAAAAGCUCGACGAAGAAGAUCACAAUUUUGUGAGUGUGAAGGAAGAUGUCACCACUAUAACGCCUGCACCACUAAAUGGUGAUAAUGUAGAUAAACUUAAACAACCAAAGCCGGAAAGAAAUUUUGAUCAACAACAGAAACAGAUCCAGGAUUUGAGAAGUAACCUUUCCACUAUUAAGUCUGGGAUGGAGCACCUAAAAUUGCAGUACUCUGAAGACCUUACGAAGCUUGGCGAUCAUUUGCAUGUUAUUUCGCAUGCUGCUUCCGGGUACCAUAAAGUUGUUGAGGAGAACCGCAAGCUGUACAACCAAAUACAAGACCUUCGAGGAAAUAUUAGAGUGUAUUGUCGAGUGAGACCUUUCCUUCCUGGAAAAGUAUGUUCCUCAAGCAGUGUUGCGGAAAUAGAAGAUAGAACCAUCACAGUCAUAGUACCCUCAAAAUAUGGAAAAGAUGCACGGAAGUCUUUUACUUUCAACAGGGUCUUUGGGCCCUUGGCCACACAAGAGGAGGUCUUUUCAGACAUGCAACCUUUGAUACGUUCCGUUCUUGAUGGCUUCAAUGUUUGUAUAUUUGCGUACGGUCAAACUGGAUCGGGGAAGACCUUUACAAUGAGUGGUCCUAAAGUUUUGACGGAAGAAGGGCUCGGUGUCAACUAUAGAGCACUGAAUGACCUAUUCAGUAUCCAGGAGCAGAGGAAGGAUACAUUUUGUUAUGAAAUUGCUGUACAGAUGAUUGAGAUCUACAAUGAGCAAGUGAGAGACCUCCUUCAGAAUGGUGGAAAUAAAAAAUUAGAAAUUCGAAAUAGUUCACAAAAAGGCCUUGCAGUUCCAGAUGCAAACAUAGUUACAGUCACAACAACCUCUGAUGUGAUCGAGUUGAUGAAUCUUGGCCAAAAGAACCGUGCAGUUUGCUCAACGGCCAUGAAUGACCGAAGUAGUCGCUCCCAUAGUUGUCUGACCGUUCAUGUUCAAGGACGGGAUUUAACAUCAGGAACAGUCCUACGAGGUUGCAUGCAUCUUGUGGAUUUAGCUGGCAGCGAAAGAGUUGAUAAAUCUGAAGUUGUAGGAGAUAGGCUGAAGGAAGCACAGCACAUAAAUAAGUCACUGGCAGCACUAGGAGAUGUGAUUGCUUCCCUUGCACAGAAAAGUGCACAUGUUCCGUACCGAAAUAGCAAACUAACUCAAUUUUUACAAGACUCUCUUGGAGGACAAGCAAAAACUUUGAUGUUUGUUCACAUAGCCCCAGAACCAGAUGCUGUGAGCGAGUCCAUAAGCACUUUGAAGUUCGCUGAGCGAGUCGCCACUGUUGAGCUUGGAGCAGCCAAGUCAAACAAGGAAGGAGGAGAAGUCAAAGAGCUCAAAGAACAGAUUGCUUGCCUCAGGGCAGCAUUGGCUAGGAAAGAUGGAGAAAGUGAGAACAUACGAAGCACACAAUCAAGCCCAGACAUUUAUAGAAUGAGGAUGGGUAAUGCAUCACCUGCACUGAGUCACCCAACGGAUGAAGUUGGAAGUCUAGAGACCCGAAGUAAUGGUACGCCAAGACAGAAGAAGCCAAACUUUGAACUUCCAUCUUCAUGGCUUGAUACUUGUAAUUGUGUUCAGAAGGAAUCGGCCUUGGGAGAUUGGGCUGACAACUCCCAUUUUGGGAGCAGCAAUUCCCUGCCAGAGUUGGGACCUGAUGCCACACAAGAUUUAACCUUCUAUCAAAGAAGCAGUCCUGAACAGCAAUGGAGUUGGUCUGGGUCUGUCGCAACUGAGGAUUCUGAUGAUUUUGAGGUUGCAACUAGUUGCUCGUCAGAACAAGAUUCCGUGCGCCCAGCCAGCGCCCCAAAAGCUUCAGGUUUUGCCAAUGGAGGUGCCUCAGCUGCAAGGAAGGCCCAACCCAAGGGUGCGAAAAGUUCAGACAUUAGAGGUCUAAAUCCUGCCAAAAGGACAUCACCGUUACAGAAAAAGCUGAAUGGACCCUCUCAAACGCCAAUCAAGAAGAGCGGAGUUGAUGGUAAAAGAACUCCCAAUGGUAAAGUGAGCACCAAGAAGUAAACGAUCCAGAUGAAGCUUGGUUUUGUUGUGACCAUCUUCACCUCGGUUAGGGAUAGAUAAAUAUGUUGAUACUGAUACUGGGCAGAUGAAUAUGUCAAUCCUCUUGAAAGGUUACUGGAUCUUCUAUGUAGUAUUUACAUUGUAAAUCAUUCAUUCAUAUUGUUGUAGUGCAUAUAGAAAAGGGGCCAGAAAAACCAUGAGUGGAAGAGACGAUCACCAAAAGGAAAUUUUCUUUUCCAAUGUGCAUAUCACCUAUCAAAGUUGGGUACUUGCUGUCAUGAUGUAUUCAUGAGUCAUGACCAACCCUGUGAUUGGUUGCUUGUAAUUCUGUUGUUAUCAACGAGUGCAACAGCUUUAUUGUGUUUUAAUUUUGAUUUAGAUACACACACAAAUUAUGGUCAAGAAACCAAACGAUCGAGAUGCUAGGCGGACAUGAGUUCAUAAAAAAGGUUCAAAUUGGACUUUGUUGCAGUACAUGAUGAAGCUCCAAU